AAAAGUUAAAAGACCUCGCCACCACAAGCCUUAUCCUUUCAACCACCACAAGCCUUGCCCCAUCUUAGAAAGAAACACUUCCCUUAGAACAAAACUCCAAACACAAAACAAAACAUGGCAACUCUUCAAUUCACAACCUUCACUCUUUUUAAACAAAAGCACCACCCCAUCACCAAAGUCUCCUCUGCUUCUCCUUCUCAGUUCAACACUCGGGCACGCCUUGGUUCACGCUCAUCAUCACUCAUAGUGAGGUCGUAUAAAGUGGUGAUUGAGCACGAGGGCCAGUCCACGCAGCUGGAAGUUGAACCUGACGAGACCAUACUAUCAAAGGCAUUGGAAUCUGGCUUGUCUGUGCCUCAUGACUGCAAGCUUGGAGUUUGCAUGACUUGCCCUGCUCAUCUUCUAAGUGGGUCUGUUGACCAGAGCGAUGGAAUGCUCAGCGAUGAUGUGGUGGAUCGUGGCUAUGCACUCUUGUGUUCCUCAUAUCCUCGAUCGGAUUGUCAUGUUAGGACUAUCCCAGAGGAUGAGCUUCUGUCAUUGCAAUUAGCUACAGCCAAUGACUGAUCUAUUUUUGAGUUUGCAAUGUAAUUCCUAUGCUGUUUUUUUGGUUUUGGUGAAUGGCAUUGAGUCUUUGCUUGUUUUCUUAUAAUUGCUGCUGUUGCUCUGCUCUGGUUUAAUAUAUACUUCAAUUAUCUGGCUUUUUAUUG